AUGAACUCUCCUUGGGGAUCCAGCGUCCCUCCCAGACCAGCCCAGGAGCCCAGGAGCACAGCUGCCCCACCCAGCAGGUGGGUCGGCUCUGAGAGCAGCAUCUCCAGCCUUGGCCAGCUUGCACCCAGCAGCCCCACGGCCCCUGGGGCUCAGGAGGCUGCCUGGGUCCCCUUCCCCACUGUCGAUGUUCCGGACCACGCCCACUACACCCUGGGCACCGUGAUCCUUCUGGUGGGGCUCACGGGGAUGCUGGGCAAUCUGACAGUCAUCUAUACCUUCUGCAGGAGCAGAGGCCUGCGCACUCCUGCCAACAUGUUCAUUAUCAACCUCGCGGUCAGUGACUUCCUCAUGUCCUUUACCCAAGCUCCCGUCUUCUUCGCCAGCAGCCUCUAUAAGCGGUGGCUCUUCGGGGAGACAGGCUGCGAGUUCUAUGCCUUCUGUGGGGCCCUCUUUGGCAUCAGCUCCAUGAUCACGCUGACGGCCAUCGCCCUGGACCGCUACCUGGUCAUCACACGCCCGCUGGCUGCCGUCAGCAUGGUGUCCAAGAAGCGAGCAGGGCUGGUCCUGCUUGGGGUCUGGCUCUAUGCCCUGGCCUGGAGUCUACCGCCCCUCUUCGGCUGGAGUGCCUAUGUGCCCGAGGGGCUGCUGACAUCCUGCUCCUGGGACUACGUCACCUUCACGCCGUCCGUGCGCUCCUACACCAUGCUUCUCUUCUGCUUUGUCUUCUUCCUGCCCCUGCUUGUCAUCGUCUACUGCUACAUCUUCAUCUUCAGGGCCAUCCGGGAGACAGGCCGGGCCUGCCAGGGCAGCCACGAGUCCCCGCAGCGGCGGCAGUGGCGGCGGCUGCAGAGCGAGUGGAAGAUGGCCAAGGUCGCCCUGCUGGUCAUCCUUCUCUUCCUGCUCUCCUGGGCUCCCUACUCCACUGUGGCACUGGUGGCCUUUGCUGGGUACGCACACAGCCUGUCGCCCUACAUGAACUCCGUGCCGGCCGUCAUCGCCAAGGCCUCUGCCAUCCACAACCCCAUCAUCUACGCCAUCACGCAUCCCAAGUACAGGGCAGCCAUCGCCCAGCACCUGCCCUGCCUGGGGGCGCUGCUGGGCGUGUCAGGCCGGCACAGCCGCCCCUCCCUCAGCUACCGCUCCACCCACCGCUCCACCCUGAGCAGCCAGGCCUCCGACCUCAGCUGGAUCUCAGGCCGAAGGCGGCAGGAGUCCCUGGGCUCCGAGAGCGAGGUGGGCUGGACAGACACCGAGGCAGCAGCUGCAUGGGGGGCUGCCCUGCAACUGAGUGGACGAUACCUCUGUGCUCAGGGCCUGGAGGACGGGGAAAUCAAAGCCACUCCCAGGCGCCAGGGACCGGAAGCUGAGACACCCAGGAAGACCAAGAGGCUGCGCCCCUGCCUGGACCCCAGGACCUAG